AGCCGAUUGGCUUUCCCGGUCAUUGCUUGGCCACGAACAAAGCCCACCACCAACGUGAAGAGAAAGCGACCAGACAAAGUUGAGAUCACAAUGGCCGCUGCACCGCAACCUCUUGUCCUGGCAGCUCACGGCUACGACGCCCUCAAAUGUGUCAUCGCCCUGAACGAAACCCAGACCCCGUUCACGCUCAAAGUCAACAGCUCGACGGCCCACCUCACGAUCCCAGCAACGACCACGCAGCCCGCCACAACGCUGUCCGGCGCAAACGUCAUUGCCCGAUACGUUGCGUUUGCGGCGGGCGCGCUGGCCGCCGACGAUUUGGCUGUCGACGAGUGGCUUGAAUGGGAAAAGUACGUCUUGCGAGUCACGUUGGACAAAACGGCCCUGUCAACCCUCAUCGAAACCAAGAUCAAGUCGGCGACAUUCGCCGUGGGCAACUCGUUGACGUUGGCGGAUGUCGUUGUCGGAGUCGCAUUGCGCAAGUCGCUCGAAUGGUUGCCCCAAGCGUCGUACCCGUUGGCCACCGCUCGUGCGUACGUGGCGGCGCUCUUUGCCCGCCCCGCGUUUGCAUCCGCCGUGACGGCUGUCAUUCCUGUGGCUGCCGCGUCUACUUCGCCUCAGGCGCCGACGAAGAAGAGCCUAGCGACGGACGCGCAGUUGCUCGGGAAAACGUACGACCAUGUCUUGGGCUUGAUUGAAGCUCUGUUUGUCGAAGCAGUCGACACGGCGUUUCCUGGUAUGUUGGAUCGCCUGCAGUUCAAGGUUGAAGUGUCUCGUACGAAAAUGCCCAAGUUUGGCGACUACCAGUGUACGUCGAGCAUGUCGAUCUUUACGGCGCUGAAAGGGUCCCCGAAUGCCCCCGGGUCCCCCCGCGACGUGGCCCUCGCCAUCAUUGCCGCGAUGCCGACCAAUCCCGUCAUCGAAAAGCUUUCUGUCGCUGGUCCUGGCUUCAUCAAUGCGUUUUUGACCGCGCCGUUUGUCGCGAAUCGAUUGGAAUUGCUCUUGCAACAAGGCGUGCAAGCGUCGCCGAUCAAGAAACAAAAGGUCGUGGUCGACUUUAGCUCGCCCAAUACGGCCAAGGACAUGCACGUGGGCCACCUUCGGUCCACCAUUAUCGGCGACGCGAUGUGCCGCAUCCUCGAGUUCCAAGGCCACGAAGUGUUGCGCAUCAACCACGUCGGCGACUGGGGCACGCAGUUUGGGAUGUUGAUCACGCACUUGACGGAAGCGUUCCCGACGUGGAAGGACGAAAUGCCAGACAUCACCAACCUGACGCAGCUGUACAAGAAUGCCAAGCAACGCUUCGACGAAGACGAAGACUUCCACAAGCGGUCCAAGGACGGUGUGGUCAAGUUGCAAGCGGGCGACGCCGACUCGCUCGAAGCGUGGAGGAUUCUGUGCGAAGUCAGUCGCAAGGAGUACCAAAAGGUAUACGACCGCCUCGACGUCCGCUUGGACGAGAUGGGCGAGUCGUUCUACAACCCCAUCAUCCCCCGUGUGAUUGAAAUGGUCGAGGCGCAAGGGAUCACGCAAGACAGCGACGGCGCCAAGGUCGUGUUCACGUCCAAGUACAAGCAACCGUUCAUGCUGGUCAAGUCGGACGGGUCGUACUUGUACGACACCACCGACAUUGCCGCGUUGUGGUAUCGCCUCCACGAGCUCAAAGCGGACUGGAUCAUCAUUUACACGGACUACACGCAGCAAGACCACUUUGGUCUGUUGUUUGAAGUUGGCGCGAUGGCCAAGAUCCUGGACCCGGCCAAGCACCGCGUCAACCACAUUGGGUUCGGCACGGUCAACGACGAGUCGGGCAAACGGUUCAAGACGCGGUCGGGCGAGACUGUGCGCCUUGUGGACCUCCUCGACGAGUCCAAGGCGCGCAUGAAGGUGUCGCUGCAGGAACGCAUUGCCGCAGGCCAAACGACGCUGCCGGAAGCUGACGUUGACCACGCUGCCGAGUUGAUCGGGUACGGUGCCGUCAAGUACUUUGACUUGAUGCGAUCGCCUCAGUCCAACUACGUGUUCAAUUACGACAAGAUGCUGUCCACGAACGGCAACACGGCCGUGUACCUCAUGUUUGCGUACGCGCGUCUGUCGUCGAUCGUGCGCAAGAGCGGAGUCGACAUGGACGUACUGUCCAAGCAGUCGGGCGUGGUCAAAGUCACCGACCCCAACGAAGCCGCGCUCGCUGUUGAGCUGCUGCAACUCCAGGACGUCCUCGUCUUUAUCAACAAGGAGCUUGCGACCAACUGGCUCUGCACGUACUUGUACACGUUGUCGGAGAAGGUCCAAGUGUUUGUGACGCAAUGCCGUGUCCUGGGCAGCCCCGAGCAAAACAGUCGAUUGCUGCUGUGCCAAGCCACGCUCAAGAUCAUGCACACGUGCUUCAAGUUGUUGGGGAUUAGCCCACUCGACCAAAUUUAAUCGCGACGAAGGAUCUCUUGCUUCUUUGACCA